UUAGGUGGGCUGGCUGACAGCUUAGUUAAAUUAUUGUGCGAAGCUUGUUUGCUUGCAAGCAAAUUGCAACUGGAGCAACCAUGACGGGCCCUCUCUCUCGCUCGGCUCAUCUUAAGCUGGAGAGAAGGAUUGUGGAGAAGAACAGAAGGAAUCAUCUCAAGUUCCUCUACUCCCAGCUCUUCUCUCUCCUCCCCAAUCAUCCGUCCAAGGAAGCGGCGCCAUUACCCGAUCAAAUAGACGAAGCUAUGAGCUACAUAAAAGGGCUGCAAGUGAAACUAGAAAGAUUCAGGGAGAAGAAGGAAGCCUUGUUGAUGGGCAGAAGAAGAGAAGACGAUUCAAGCACAGGCGCAUCCAUGGAGACCCUAAAAUCAUCGCCUCGGAUCCAGAUCCGCCAUAAGGGUUCUGCUCUGGACGUGUCCCUGAUAACUGGGCACGAGGAGAAAUUCAUGUUCUACGAGACGAUUCGAAUCAUCCAGGAGCAAGGAGCCGAGGUCGUCAACGCCAAUUUCUCCGUCCAUGGCGACUCCAUCUUCCAUGUCGUUCACGCCAAGAGCGGAGAUGUUCGGCCAAAUUAUGUAGGUAUGGAGGUAAGUAAUAGGCUGAAAGACUUUGUGAAAGGAUGCACAGGGAGAGGGAGAGGGAGAGGGAGGGUGAUAGAAUCACAGCCGGAGUCAGUGCAACUCUUUGGAGGAAUCCAAGGUGCCGAUGGAUGGGACUUUGGAUCCCCACCAAGCAGUGCCCAUGGGAAUAUUUUAGAGUUAAAUGCUUGUAAUGUUUUUCUUCCAAUCUUGUAAUUAUUAGUUAUAAAGGCAAACUUUCAUGCUCCAAUGCAUGUGAUGGGUUCCUUCCAAAGAAGUUCAAGGAAAACUACAAGAAAGAGAGAAAAAUACUCACUAGGUCAGUCAACCCAAUAGGGAGAAGAGAAUUGGUCUUGAGUUCCACCCACAAUAAACCAUGUACAGAACCCCUACCAAAAUUGAGGAGAGAGAGAGAAAGAGAGAGAGAGAGAGAGGAAUUCUGUGUAUUUUUAAAAAAUUAACAAUAAUUAUGUAUGGAUAUGGAGUUAAAUGUAUUAAAUUUUGAAUUUCCAGACAUUAUUAUAAUUUUUUAAUAUAGACAAGUCCCUUGACUUUUAAAUUUCGUUCAAUACGUACGACGUUAUAAAUGCACAAACAGUACCACCAUUAAUAUAACAGCAAUAUCACUCUAUCCAAACACAACCUAACAAUAUUUCCAAGACAAAAUAGAAAAAAAAUAUUGUUACCAAAAAAAAAAAAAAAAAAACCACCUUGCGGGAGCCAAA